AUGCAGCUACAGUAUUCCCUUCUCCGCUCAAUCCCGUCUUCGUCGCCGGGACCUUCCACGAGCUUCCCACUGCCGCCGCUCCGCAGCCUCCCGCGGUUCACCUCAACCUCCGGUGCGAGGCCCCCGGCCCGGUCCCACGCGAGCGUAGUCUGCUGGUCCUUGGGCGACAGAUGGAACUUGCAGAAUAUCGACUCAGGUGAGUGGUUAUUUCUCCUUUUCAGAUUUCUGACUCUGAUUUCAUUUCAUGUUCUCUCCACCGACCUUCCCCAGCUCCUACCAUUUUUUUCUCUUAUUUUUCCAGUUUUCUUGUCAGUAGAUGCUGUACAGGAGAGGCUGACCUCGUGGUUUCUGAAGGCCCGGACGGUGAUCACAGAGGUCGCCGGGCCGCUCGUCAAUUCCGGACCAGGAAUAAGGUCCGAUCCUCCGGCGGAUCUGGAGAACGUGGGAAUUGACGAAGUCGUGAUGCCGGUUCCUGAGAUGACCGUUAACUGGAAGACGCCCAAUGGAGUCCUCUCUUUAGAAGCAGCCGUCUCUAUAGAGCAAUUCAGCCGGUAGCUACAAAAUUAUCUCCACUCUUUUAAGCCUGUCCUUUAUUCCGGAUUUCCUGUGUAAUGAUUAGUCUUUAACUAUGACAUAUGGGCCACUUCUCGGACAGGAUGAUUGGGCAAACCGGGGGGAAGAUGCAGAAGAUAUUCGAAGCACAGGCUCCUGUCUCCAUCCGUAGUGACGCACGCAGCUUUCUGGAGUACUGCUGCUUUAGAUAUUUAUCCAGAGAUAAUUCCCAUAUUCAUCCUUGCUUGAAGGUAUGCUCCCAUCCAUGAUAUGACCUAUAAAUACUUUUCCAGAAAAAUUCAGACUUUUGCCAUGUUUGAAAGUAUUAUCUUCCCCCUCCUGUCCCCCCUUAUAUUAAUUCUAAUGUUUUUCAGGGGAAAAGUAGAUGUGGGUACAUAUUUUCUCCAUUAGUAGAGAGUUAGACAUUAAUAGGCUUUUUCUGAAUAAGGAAUUUAAUUGAUUUUUCACAACCCAUGUGUUAAAAAAAAAAAACUCUUCACUUUGAUUAUUUGCAUCGUCAUAAAUUUGAUUAUUUGCAUCUUUUAUUUAGUGGUUAUAUAGAAGAAAUCUGUGUUGGUGUCCAUUUUUUUUUGAUAAUGCAUCCAAAAUUAUUGGAACUACGGUCAUGUAAGUUAGUUUAGUCCUGCUUAUGACGUUCUAGUAAUUGGAACAUCACCUCAUAACUCUCUAUUGUUUGCAAAAACAGUAGUGGACGAAUCUCUUGAAUAUAAGACUUGUGACAUGUUUCCCUUUCCUUGUGAAUCUUGAUUGUAUGCGCAAUCACAAUCCAUGUUUUACCGCGGCUCAGAUACAUCUGAUUGGUUUUCAUUUAUCUAUAGUUGAGGAAAGAGAGAACAACUAGGCUGUUCAUCACAUGGCAUUUCUUUCAAUUAUGUAGGUUAGAAGAAAACAUGUUGAUUCCAUGAUGAAUUUUUCCUUGUUUUCAGGAGUCUGCGUUUCAGAGGCUGAUUUUUAUAACAAUGCUUGCUUGGGAGAAACCUUACUGCGAAGACAACCACCAUAAUUAUCAACUGGAGAGCUCAUCUCUGAAGGUAUUUUUGGAUCCAGAAAACAAGUUCUCAUCUCAUAUAACCAAUAUAGAUAUUUUCAUAUAAAAUGUCAUUUCUCUGUUUAAAUAUAUAAUUUACCUCUAACUUUUGAACAAUCUAAAGGUCGAUAACAUCUAUUGCUUAUUUCUGUAAAAUAAAUUCAAAGCUCCAAAAGAGUUAGUUAUUCAAUUAUUAAGCUAGUGCACCUUUGUGAUACGUAUUUAUUCAGUUUUCUUUAUCAUAACCUAUGAGUAGUCUGAUAGGUUGUCAGACGUAAAUUUGUUUGGCUGAGAACACAUAGUAGGAUUAGACUUGAUGAAUAAAUUCUUAGUUCAUUUAAGCUUCAUUGUUUCAUCACCUGAAACUAAUUUCGUGAUGUUAGUAUUUACUGCCCAGAUCAAAUGAGAACCGCCAAGAAACAUGACUCUAAAAUAAUUUUCCUCUAAUGUCAAUGACAUGGAAGUGAUGAUACGGCAUCUCCAUCAUGACCUAGCAAUGUUUGGUCCUUACCAUUUAGCUACUUCUGUCCAUUUUCGUUUAAAAAACCACCUUCUCUAUGGUUUGAUUCAUUAGACAAACAAUUACUUUUUUCAUUGCAUUGUUUUCAAUGUCAGAAUCUUGGUACAGAGUUGAUUUGUCUUGUAAUUUAUUUCCAGUCAUUUUUCUCCUUGACCUUGUAGGGAAAAUGUGUUGGACUCGAUGCUUUUGUCCGAAUUGCUCCGGCUGUUGCAGGCGUAGCUGAUACAUCAACAGUUCACCACCUCUUUAAAGCUCUGGUAGGAGAUGGGAAAGGAAUAUCGCUAAGUUUGUGGAUGACUUACAUUUCAGAACUUUCCAAGUGAGGCAGCAUAACCUGUAAUUUCCUUAAUUCUGCUUGCUACAUGUAUUUCAGAACUUUCCGAUCUCCCUACUCAAUUACUGCAUCAUUUUCUUUCAUCUAAUGUUGUUUCUUGGAAAAAAGAGUUUAAAUAUCAAGCAUUUAUAGACUACAUUUUCCCUUAAUUUUCUUUGUAUUUCCGAUGACAGCAGCAUUUUUCAGUCUUCUAUGUUAGUAACUGCAUUUUCCUUUUGUGCUAGAAUUUCAUUCUAUUUUGUUCUCGGAAGCAAACCACUGAAGUGAUCGUGUUUCAUGUGCUGUAGGGUGCAUGAAGGUAGAAAGUCGUAUGAAACGCAUCCUAAUGUUCAACCUCCCGAUGAGGAAGUACUGUGCAUCGGUUCUAGUAGGAAGCGACCGGUUCUUAAAUGGGAAGAAAAUAUUGCAUGGCCUGGAGACCUAACUUUGACAGACCGUGCGUUAUAUUUCGAGGUACAAUUCUUUAAUUGCACUUACAUUUGAUACUUUUUCACUUAUAAGCUAAGGUGGCUUAUGUAAGAAUCAUUAUGUGAAUGCUUUCCUAUUGUUCCUCUGCUUUCUCACCACAUUUGUCAUUGCUCAAUUCUCUUUGUUGAAAUAAAAUACCAAAGAACAACUUGACAUGUGGAGUCUUUUAUGUAAGGAGAUUGUUGGAACUGACGAAGGAAACUAUAAAUAUGGGAAGGGAUCUAAGCCUCCUCAUUUCUUUUGUUUUUUUCUGCUGAUAUUUGAAUUUCCAUAUAAAAUUGAGAACUUAUCAUCUAAAAACAUCAGUCCAUCCAACAUACAUUUUCACUACCUGCAUUUUGUGGGGAUUCUGCACUUUGUGAGCUCAUUGAUAAUUCUUGACUGCUCUUGACUGUUAAAUGAUAGCUAUAGAGGAUAGUAAUUAUUACCGUCGUGUUAAGUUUCUGGAUUGUUGAUUCCCAAUUCUGUAUGAAAUAUUCGGACAGAAAAAUCAGAAAAUAGCAAAUGGUUUUUUGUAGUUCUCUCUGUCCAUCCUAUAUAUUGCAUACAUUUUUCUUAUACUAGAGUGAUACUACACUAAUCCUGAUGUGACACCUUUACUUGGAAAGUUAAUUAAGAGUUGGGUUUGGAAUAUGGAAUAUACAACUUAUUGUGUGCACCCUUUUGUUACCAUUUGACCUUAUAAAGAAACAUAUGCGGCAUAUAUUACGGCUGAAACCCUCGUAUGUGGCAGAAUCACGUGACAGUUUCUUCACAUGAGCUGCAGCCUUCUUCCCUCGCAAGUUGACCUACAUCUCUCUCUUGGAUUAUGGAUUUCUAUGGCUAAUAUUGCAUGCCUCCUUUCACAUAUAUUUUAUUUAAUUAUUUUCAUUUUUGUGCCUUUUUAAUUAUGUCUAACGUGUAAGAGCAUAUCGUUUGAUGUAUCCCCAUGUGCAUAUUUAUGCCAUCUGUAAGCUUCUUUUGUUCGGUGUAUGCACCUAGUAUGCUAUUUCGAACUGCGACAAUAAUUUUAUUUCCUGAAGUAUCUAUUCUUCUUAAGUUUUUGCUAUAUUUGCACAAUAGAUUCAAACAUAUCAACUUUACAUGUGCGGAUCAGCUUUCUAAAUGCGACAAUAUAUUGACGUUAAUAGCUUUCUUCUGUUGCGUUUGCAGAGGGUUGGCAUGGGAGGACCUAAGGAACCAAUAAGACUGGAUCUCUCCAAGCAGGGUUCAAGAGUAAAGAAAACGAAAGUAGGGCCACUCGGUUCCAAGCUUUUUGAUUCAGCUAUUUCUGUCUCCUCUGGUUCAGGGUAUGUGCUAUCAGAAUAUAUUAUCAUAUUUUCUGAUUAUGCUGAUGAUUUCAGUGAUGGACCUGCUAAUAUCUAUUUGAGGUACUGAUAAAAGGAGCACCUAAGGUUUUGUAUAUAGUGGUAGGGGAACAGAAAAUUGAAAAAUACCAAAGGGGAUGGAGACUCUUUUUUAACUUUGAUUGCUGAAAGGGGCCAGAUCAUCCUUAUUCAGCUCUUUCUGUCUCGUUUGGUUCUGGGCAUGUAUUAUCAGAAUAUGCUACCAUUUUGUACUUUUCAUUUCCCAAACGGACCAGAUCAUGCUAAUUUAUCUAUUAUUCUUACAACACCCUUUCAGCAUUAUCUGUCUUUGAGAGGUCAUUGUUUAUUCUUUGCUUUUUCUACUGUCACUCGACUGUGAUUAUUGAUGUCACUUUAUGUAGUUAGCAACUAGGAUGAUCUCUUCUAUCUUUCAGGGGUAUUCUUAUGGAGUAAAUAAGUGAAAACGCUGCUUCAGAUCCCUUCACGGAUCAGAACAAAAGAGGGUGCCCCUUACGGAUUUUUACCAUUCAUUCCCCCUUGGAAGCUAUUUUACUUUUUUCCAAGUGAAUUUUACUAAUUUUCCUAGAGUCAAUGGAUGAGUGUGAUUGAUUCCAACUCUUCCAUUUUCGUGAUGUGUUCUUCAUCCGUACUGUGGUAACUUUACAGCCUUUUAUCUUUGUAGGUCAGAAACUUGGGUUCUUGAGUUUGUUGACUUCGGUGGGGAAAUGAGGAGAGACGUCUGGCACGCCUUCAUUAGUGAAAUUAUUUCAGUGUACGAGUUCAUUCGUGAAUUCGGUCCACAGAGUGGUGACCCCUCCGUUAGGCAGGUAUAUGGCGCCCACAAAGGAAAGAGCAGAGCAAUAAAGAGUGUUGCAAACAGCAUUGCAAGGCUACAGUGCCUUCAGUUCAUCAGAAAGCUGUCCGAGGAUCCAGCCAAGCUCGUUCAGUUUUCCUACCUGCGCAGUGUGCCGUUUGGUGACGUCGUCUUGCAGACCCUGGCAGUCAACUUCUGGGGUGGGCCUCUGAUUACUAAAUAUAGGCAAACUGACCGUGACCAGGCCCGGAAGGCACUACUCUCAGAGGGGAUAGUGUCUUUCGGAGUUAAUGUUUUCGACAUAGAUGGAAGCGCCUACUUACACAACUGGAUGAGAUCUCCUUCCUGGGCGCUGAACCCGUCUGUUCUUUUCUGGAAGAAUACCUCCGUCAGGCAAGGAAUUAUUUUGAGUAAGAACCUGGUCGUAGCCGACUUGAAUACAGUGGAGAGGGCAGCAUUGACGUGCAGGGAGAAAAGCCAGAUAGUUGACCAGAUCCGGGCGACAAUAGAUGCUGCUAUGAUCAAAGGGAUUCCGAGCAACAUCGACCUCUUCAAGGUGCCUAUCUCUACUGAAUACUGUACGGUUUGUUGUGUAUUUGUUGGCUCGAAUUUGGAUCUAUGCUGAGACGGUGGUGGUCACGGUGUUGGUUGGUGUUCAGGAACUUAUGUUUCCUUUUGUGGUCAUGGCCAACAACUUUGAGAAACUCAGACGGUGGGAAGAUCCCUACCUGACUGUAUCUUUCCUGGCAUUUACAUACACAGUCAUUUUCAGGUGAGCAUCGUUCAACUCAAAUGCUACGUACAAAACAUGCGCCUUUUUGUGCUUUUUGGCAAUCAAAGGAUAAAUAUUGGAUGCAUUUCCAUCUUGGAUAUAGUUCACAACGAAAAUAUCUACAUGUCCGGGAAAUUUAGCACGAACUAGAACCCUGUCAAUGUUGGGUAUUCAUAUUUUAGAAGCUCCCCAAUUAUAUUCAUUGUCAGGAUUGCUUUCCCCAAAAGCUCAUCGUUUUGAUGUUACAAUUUCAGCAAAUAUUUUCAAUGCGUGCUUAACAUGGCAUCAGCAAUUAUCAGAUUUUAUGUUCCUCUUGCUCCCCAAAGUAGUUACAGAAAUGUUGAUCCUUCUGAUUUUGAAAUGGGUCAUCACUUUAAUUUAUUUUUUUCCCCCGCUUGUCAGAAACCUGCUGGCAUAUGUGUUACCUGUGACUUUCAUAAUCAUGGCUGCCGCCAUGCUAUUGUUGAAGGGACUGAAAGAACAAGGCCGGCUGGGGAGAUCGUUUGGUAAGGUAACCAUACGGGACCAACCACCCUCAAACACAAUCCAGAAGAUCGUAGCUCUCAAGGAAGCCAUGGCAGACUUGGAGGACCAGCUUCAACGCCUGAAUGUCACCCUUCUUAAAUUUCGUACUAUUCUUUUGGCAGGUCAACCGCAGGUAUGCCUUCAAAAAGUCAUAACCUGGUCAAAGAAAAAUAAUAAAUAUUAUAUCUUCUUUUUCAAUAAAUAAAUAAAUAAAGGCUUCACCAUUCCUGCACCAUUUUUGUGAUAUUCCUUGCAGACCACAACUGAGGUUGCUCUGGUGCUACUCUGUGCUGCAACCGCUCUCCUCCUAGUUCCUUUCAGAUACAUCCUUUCCUUCAUCAUCCUCGAUCUCUUCACGCGAGAGCUGGAGUUCCGCCGGGAGACGGUCACGAAGUUCAGAGCCUUAUUGAAGGAACGCUGGGCCGCUGUACAUGCUCCUCCUGUCGUUAUACUGCCCUAUGAAACUGCCCCACCGAGUUCCCCGAGAGAUUCCCUACCAAAGAAAAAAUCCGAGGAAAAAAAGGUUAGUAACAAUCCCUGA